AUGACGAAAGAGGAUGCUAUUGAGUAUGCUAUAAAGGAAUUGCCCAACAUUUUGCCACUAGAUACAGAACAGAUCAAAGAUCUAUGUGAACAGACGAUAAAAGAAGGCAACAACCCUGAACAGAUAGCCCAAUCCUUUUUUGAUCUUUUAGGGCAAGACGACUCAUCGGUACAUUUCAUAUUUGAGUUCAAUGAGAGGCUCAUGGAAUUGCCCCGUAAAACGGCUGUCAAGAAACCAAUAGUGAACGAAACAACCAAUACUAAAAAAGUGAUAUCUCCAUUGAUUAAUACUGUGAAAACCAAUGAUUCCAGGGCCGAGUUCGCCAACAAGUCUAUUCAAGCAACGAAACCGAUAUUGAAUAGAGAAUUAAAAAAGGUACCGACUGCCAAGGCUGUGAAAAAGGAUUCGGGGAAAGAGAGUAAAGAAGUCAGAUUAGAUUCAUUGAAGGAUAUCGAUGAUGUGUUAAAGAUGUUGGAGAUGAGGUCAGUCUCUGGGGAUUCCGGUCAAUAUAAAUGCAAUUGCCAGGGAACAAGGCACCCAAUAUUCGAUCCUGCACCAAACUGUCUGUCAUGUGGCAAAAUAAUAUGUGUCAAAGAAGGUUUGCAUAUGAACAAUUGCAGCUUUUGCGGAGCUGAAUUAAUCCCAGCUAAGGAACGCGAACAAAUCUUAGAAUUGCUACGGUUAGAGAGAGAACAAAUAGAGCUUCAGAAAGUUGAAGAGAACAAGCCCAAGCCGAAGCAAACCAAGAAAUAUAAGAUUAAAUCUGGUGCAGGCACAAAUUUAUGGCAAGAACAAGAGAAAAUGCUACAAAGAGUGGAGAAAGAUCGGGAACAAGAGAGAGAGAUUAAACGACAACAAAUAUUGAAUGGGGAGUCAAAGGAAGAAGAGGAGGAUGAACAACUUAUUGAAGCACGAAAUCGACUCGACAAGCUACUUCAUUUCCAGGAUACCAGUGCUGAAAGAACCAAGAUCAUUGACAAUGCUAGUGAUUUCGCUAUGAAUGAAGAUGUCAUGUGGGGUUCUGCUUACGAAAGAGCAUUACAACUAAAGAAACAGCAAAGAAAUUUACGAAAAUGGGAAAAGAUUGAGAAUGAACGCAAUGGAAGGCGUGAAAAGGUCGUCUUGGACUUGACGAUCGGUAAGGAUGGUAAAGUUGUUAUGACAGAAGCAGUUAGAAAGAGCAGCAAAAAAACGAAUGCAACUAGUGAUGAUGAAAUAGAUGAUAUUAGCGAUGAAGAAGAUCUCCAAGACUUGGAAGAUAUCAAGAAUUUGAAGUUAGAGAUAAAUCAACAAAAACAGAAGGAGAGUUCCAAGUUAACAAACAAUGUUUGGGAUUAUAACAAGGCGCAGUCGGAGUUUAAGAAACCUGUAUACAUAGCAAACGCUGAGGAAGAAAAAGAAUCUGCUCCUAAAAAGGUAUCAAAUGAAGUUCAUCGUGUCCAAGUAGGUAUUGAUGAUAGACCAUCACUUCAAGAUAGCAUUUUGGCAAUUUUGUGA